AUGCCCGGCGAUAUAAUUCUGGGAGGACUUUUCCCUGUACACAGUUCUGGCGCAGUGAAAUGCAUGUCGCUUAAUCCCGAGCGAGGCAUUCAACGACUGGAGGCAAUGCUAUUCACUCUCGAUGAGAUAAAUAAUAAUUCCGCCUUGCUUCCUGGUUUGCGUUUAGGUGCCAAUCUGAGAGAUACCUGUUCCCUUGGAAAUCACGCUCUGGAACAAUCACUGGAUUUUGUAAAAACGACAGUAGAUGAUGUCAUGAACGACCAGAAGGAGGUGGAUAGGGUGCUCAUGUGCCCGUGUGCCCCCGGGGGCGUACCAUAUAACCAAGGCGGUCAUAGAAUUUCUGGCGGAACCAUGCAUCACCCAACUUCAUGGAGUCAGGACAUUGUCCGUGGUGUAGUUGGUGGUUCGUAUACGACUGUCUCCAUCCUCGUUGCGAACCUUUAUCGACUCUUUAAACUGCCCCAAAUAUCCUAUGCUUCGACCAGUGCCGUACUGAGUGACAAACGGACCUACCCCUUGUUUGCUCGAACCGUUCCCUCUGAUGUUGAACAGGCGCGGGUCAUGGCAGCCCUAGUGGCGGCGCACAACUGGACGUAUGUUUCAACUGUGCGAAGUGCUGGAGAUUAUGGGGACUCUGGAAUGGACGCAUUUUGGAAGGAAGCAGACAAGCGCGACGUUUGCAUUGCAGCCAGGGAGGUAGUUCGUGGAAGCUCCACAUCCAAAGACUUUGACGAAGUUGUGCGCGUACUUCGUCACGGUUUUUCAAAGGCCAGAGCAGUUGUCCUUUUUACGCGAAUGGAUCAUACAACGUUACUUCUUGAUGCUGUCCGAAGAGCGAACUACACUGAUCACUUCGUUUUCAUUGGCAGUGAUGGAUGGGGUCGCGAAAAUAUCCCAGUUCUAAACAACUCUCGUGUUGCUAAUGGCGCACUUACUAUUGAAAUCCUUGCGACUGAAAUUGAAAAGUUUUCGACCUAUUAUAAAAACCUGCGAUGGGAUAAUACGAGAAAUCCUUGGUUUGCUAAAUACUGGCAGUCUCUAUUUGGUUGUACAUUUGACAACUCAAGCAAACCGAACGAUCUGAAACUCUGCUCAGAAACUAGGGACAAGCGACUUGGUGAUAAGCUACCAGAGCCCUUCAAGCAGGAGGCUAAAAUUCAAUUUGUCUAUGAUGCCGUCUAUGCUCUGGCCCAUGGCCUGCAUAAUCUCCAGCAAAAACUAUGUCCUUUCAAUCCGGAUCCUGCUAAAUGGGACAAAAAUGAAUGUAUUAGGAAAUUGUUGGCUUAUCCUGGGGAUAAGUUCUACAAGACAAUUAUCUCAACUGCAUUUAAAGCCAUAGAUGCUUUCACCGUUUCAGACAACUACAACAACCUGGUUGCAUUUGACGAAAAUGGCGAUGGCGUUGGUCAAUACCUAAUUUACAACUACGCACGGGAUCUUUAUUCGGGCGAGUACCAGUAUCGUUUGGUAGGGGACUACAAAAACUCCAAACUCUCUAUGCGCUACCGCCCGAUUUGGCCAGGCGGACAAUCCAAGCAUGUGCCUUCAAGUCAAUGCUCCGAAGACUGCCCGUGA